AGGGACAUUCAGGCGAUUUGCCGUAAUGCUCGUCAAGUGUUUCUGGAUGAGAACAUGUGCCUAGCGGUCAGUGCUCCCGUUUGCGUGGUCGGAGAUGUGCACGGACAGUUUGAGGAUCUGUUGCGCAUCUUCAAAAUUAAGGGAUUCCCGCCAGAGCAACGUUAUCUAUUUCUGGGCGAUUACGUGGAUCGUGGCAAGCACUCGCUUGAGACUCUUACUCUGUUGUUCUGCUACAAGAUUAGGUAUCCCGACUGUGUGUUUCUGUUGCGUGGCAAUCACGAGAGUCCGUGUCUUAACCAGAUCUACGGCUUCUACGAUGAAUGCAAGCGCCGCUACUCGUCCAAGCUCUGGAAGACCUUCGUGGACUGUUACAGUUGCAUGCCUGUGGCGGCCGUUGUCUCCAAUCGGGUAUUUUGCUGUCACGGCGGAUUGAGUCCGAGCCUGACCAGCAUCGAAGACAUAAACAAUCUGCCUCGACCCACUGAUAUACCAAUUUCCGGGCUGCUUUGUGAUCUGCUGUGGUCUGAUCCCGAUCGCAGCUUUGGCUGGAAUAAGAGUACUCGUGGCGUCUCCUGGGUAUUUGGUAGCGAUAUCGUUGAGCGUUUUCUAAUUCGUCAUGACUUUGACUUGAUCUGUCGUGGCCAUCAGGUCGUUGAGGAUGGCUAUGAGUUAUUUGCCAAACGGCAGCUGAUCACCAUCUUCUCGGCUCCAAACUAUUGUGGGGUCUUUGACAAUGCCGGGGCCACAAUGUACAUUGAUGACAAUCUGAUGAUUACGUUUGACAUCUACAAAUCCAGGGCUAUUACCAAUACUAAUACUGCUAACACGAGUGUUAAACGCGUUACUGAGACUCUUCAG